AAUAAGGUGUCCAAUUUUUGCCAAUAUCCUGCAGGAGGUGCCAAUGGGAUCAUUGAGCUUAUAAAAUUGAUGCGAGGUAGAAUAUUCAUUUUGAGGACUGCUAUACGGGCUGGCACUGAACUCGGUAAACAUUUCCAUCUAUUAAUGUCGUCCUCAGUUCUUUUAAGAAUUGAGGAGUAAUUUAUUUUAGCCACAGACAAUGGGGAGGUAUUAACCCUAAUACCCAGGUAUAAAACCUCACUUGCAACAUUAAUCUGAGCCGGGAGAGUUAGCCUACUUUGAUCCGUAUUGAUAAGCAUAAGCGCCGAUUUUGACAGAUUAACUUUGUAUCCUGAGAGAUAUCCGAAAGACUCUAGUGCGUUUAAGACACAUGGGAGAGUGUGUUCGACAUUUGCCAUAUAAAUUAAUGUAUCAUCCGCAUAGAGCGAUAUUGAAUGGGACGUUGUGCCUACUGUGAUUGGAGAGAUUGUAGGAGAAUUUCUAAUCAGAUGUGCCAUCGGUUCUAUUGAUAGCGUGAAAAGUAAAGGAGACAGAGGAUCCCCCUGUCGUGUGCCCCGCCCAAUUCCAAACAGCUCUGACAUGCCACCCCCCACACAAACGCGGGCUGAAGGGUUAGUAUACAGCGUUUGAAUCAUGUUAAUAAAUUUACUGCCAAACUUAAAUUCUCUCAUAACCCUCCAAAGAUAUGGCCAUUCUAACCGGUCAAACGCCUUUUCGACAUCUAAGAAUAAUAGGCCGCAGUCCGGUGGGAUUUUAUGUGAUGCACUCAAUACGUGUAAUAGCCGGCGAAGAUUAUCGGAGGCCAAACGUCCCUUCAUAAAACCUGUCUGGUCUGGGCUAAUUAUUUUCCCUAUAACUUUUUCAAGUCUACUAGACAGAACUUUGGAGAAUAUCUUGAGAUCAGCAUUUAUCAAAGAUAUUGGGCGGUGACUGGCACAUUCUAAAGGGUCCUUACCAGGUUUAGGAAUAACUGUAAUCAAGGCCGUAUUUAAGUCCCUAUGAAAACCCCCCUGUUCAACUGCGUAAUUCAGCGUAUCCAGCCAUAUUGGUCCAAGAAUAUCCCAGAAUGCAAAGUAAACCUCAACUGGUAUGCCGUCAACACCUGGCGUUUUGCCUUUAUUUGUGGCUUUAACUGCUUUAAGUAACUCCUCCAAUGUAAUGGCGGAGUCUAAAGCAUCUGUGUCUUCUGCUGACAAUGUAGGGAGGUCCAAUCCAUUAAAAAAGUUAGAGAACUCUGUUUCGGAAGGGGUUGGGCCACCUGUAUACAGGUGUUUAAAGAAAUCUUUAAAAGUCUCAUUAAUUUCUUCCGUUGAGGACACAACACCCCGUCUAGAAGAUCUAAUCGCUGGUAUAGUUCUUCUUGCCUCCUGCUGCUUUAGGGUUAGCGCCAACAAAUGACUUGGCCUGCUGCCCUCUGCAUAAUAUUUGUGUUUGGUUAUAUGGAUCAUAUAUUCCGCCCUACGUCUCAAUAAGUCAUUCAAUUCUGCCUGUCUUGUUUUAAGCUGGUUCUCUUUUGUUGAGGUGUAUUUUCUUUUCAGAUCACCUUCCAAAAUCUUAAUGCCCUCUUCUAACUUGGAGAUAUUUUGCAAUCUACUUUUAUGCAGCGACUUUAAUAAAAGAUGGACUGUGUGGAUUUCCCAAGAGUUCUGCCAAAUUCACCGAGGAAAGCACGGGGACAAAUUCAGGUCAUCUUUGGACCGAUGUUUUCAGGCAAAAGCACUGAACUGAUGCGAAGAGUGCGCCGUUUCCAGAUAGCCCAGUACAACUGCUUGGUGAUCAAAUAUGCCAAAGACAUACGUUAUUCUGACACAGGCAUGGCCACACAUGACAAAAACACAAUGGAAGCUGUACCAGCCAAUUGUCUGGAAGAUGUGCGGUCUCUGGCAUUACAAGCCUGUGUCAUUGGAAUUGAUGAAGGACAGUUUUUCUCAGACACAGUGGAGUUUUGUGAAGAGAUGGCCAAUUUAGGGAAGACAAUUAUUGUGGCUGCUUUGGAUGGAACCUUCCAGAGAAAGGCAUUUGGAAACAUCCUGAACCUUGUCCCUCUGGCGGAGAGCGUAGUGAAGCUCCACGCCGUCUGCAUGCAGUGUUACAAAGAAGCUGCCUACACCAAGAGGAUAGGGGCAGAGAAGGAGGUGGAAGUGAUUGGUGGAGCUGACAAGUAUCAGGCGGUGUGUAGAAAGUGUUAUGGAGGUCUGGUGGUGGACAAAGAGAACAGUGCUCCCUUCAGGAAAGAAACUCCACAACACGGCCUUGUAGGAAAACUCAUGGACUCUGCUGUUCCCAGGAAGCUUUUCUCGUCUCUCCACCUCUGAACACAAUAAUAAGACUUGUUGCAGAAGUUGAGUAUAAAUCCAGGAAUCAAAUGAGACAGAGAGAAGAGCAGUGGAAGGCAAAUGGAUUCUUUUAUCUAACAUAUUGACAUUCCUGGUAUUUUAGGGUUUGUAUUUGGUGUCUAAUUGGUGUGUAUGUUUUAAUUUUAUGUAGGAUUUUACUUGAUAUGACAAUGCACUUGAUAACUCUGAAAAUGAGUAAACCAACUCAUAACUCGCUGUUACAGGAUUCACUACACUGUUGUUAAUAUCUGUAGCUUUUGGGUUUCUUUUAACAUCAGCCAAGGUUUAAAUUAUUUUUUGUUGUAUAGUGCACGUAUAAAUGCACUAUUUUCUGCCAACAUACAAAUGGAAUGUUUGACUCGUAUGUUUCACCACGUAUGGCAGGGCAGGAGUAGUAAUUAGUAACAAUUAAAUUAAAAUUGUACAUUUUAAUAAACAUUGGCAGAGUAUACUUUUCCCCCCAUUUUAACACUUACUGUACAUGUUUUUAACUAACUAGGAGAUACGUAAUCCAAUGCCCUCGCAUGCUACAGGGGACCAAAAUAACCUGUUUAAAUCCUGGUAGCCUCGGCUGUGCAGCGAGCUGCCCGGUUGGAAUGGAAAAAGUAUGUCCUCCCUACUAUACAUGUCGUAUACUUAGGAUUGGAAACUUUCCUUGAAUAAACUGGAUCUUUUUAUAAUACAUGACCCACAACUUAAUUGUAUAGCCCACUUGUUCUUGAUAGGCUGGAAACAAUGGACAGCGCUGAUGGUUAGCUUAGCAUGCGUAUAACCAUAGAAAAUCAAAGGCAGCAUGCUAGCUACCUUAAUAUGUUAAGCUAAAGGUCAAUGGUUUGGGCUACUACUUAGCCUACUGCAGGGCUAUUGAUGCCACACCCACUGCACAGAUCAUUUCUAGAAUCAACAGUCUACAGCAGACUGACUGACUGACAAAUAACUCAAAGUAUUCACUUGCAUGCCUAUCUGCUUACUGUUGUUCAAUGAAAGAAUAUUAAAGUUCUACUGAUGAAUAACUCAA